AAAAAUUCUCUUGAAAACUAUUACCAAAACUUCUCUAUAAAUAAAUAUCUUUCAUCUGCUCUGUCAUUAAAAGAGAGAAACGAGGGAGAAGAUGAAGAACAGGGCAGAGGCAAGGAAGAGGAUGAAGACGAUGAGAGGGUUGAUGUGCCAGUCCACCGCAACCAUGGUGGGCUGCAUCGUAGACGAUCCACACCGCUCCGUCUUCCUCCCUCCGAGGAAGCCUUGCGUCUCAAGAAACCCGGGCGUGGAGGACGACUCCUCGAGAACAAGAUUGGUCCCAAGAGACCAAUCUCGAGUCACGAAAAUGCUUAGUCCACGUCCAAACGACGUCUUCCAGGUUGUGGUGAUGAGGGUUUCGAUUCAUUGCCAGGGUUGUGCUGGUAAGGUCAAGAAACACCUCUCCAAGAUGGACGGUGUGAAAUGGUUCAGCAUUGAUCUCGAGACGAAGAUGGUGAUGGUCCAAGGAAACGUUUCGCCCAUGGAACUGCUCGAAAGCGUUUCCAAGAUCAAGAAGGCUGAAUUUUGGCAUCUUUGAAACCCGAAAACUGCCAAAAGUUUUUCGAUAUUUCUUGUUUAGGGUAUGCUUUUUUUUUUUUUUUGGAGAAUCUUUAAAAAACUUUGGUUGGGGCUGCAUCUUGAUCUCGCUUUGAUUCUUCUGUGCAUUCACAUAUCGACCGAAACAAAAAAGCAUAUAUUAUAACA